AUGAAUCAAGAGAAGGAUGAAAAAUUCUUCAACGAAAAGCUACAAGAAGAGCUUCAAAGACUUAGGGAAUAUCCGAUAAUUCAGGGUAUAUUAGCACCCCAUUUUAAUACAGAAAAAAAGGCAAAAAGGAAAAUAAAAAAUAAAGUAGGAUAUUUAUACAAACUAAUUGAAUCUCACUGUGUAAAUAAAAUAAUUUGUGAUUUUCUUUUUCACAAAAAAUGUGGAAAAAGAUAUAUAAAAGUUUACCCUACUAUUCCUUUCUUUUCUGUAAAAAAAAAAGUUGAAAUUAAAAAAAAAAGUAAAGAACUCGUUGUGACGUUGACAGAUAAUAUUCCAUUUAAAAUAUCAUUCCUUUUAAUAAAUCGAGACAAAGAUUUUUUUAUCUUUUUAAAAAUUACCCAUUAUGUGAAGAAGGAAUCAUUAAACAAGUUAGGAAAUUCUUCACUCUCCCCCUUCCUAAUCUUUGCGUAUGAUGAAUAUGUAAGAAGUUUAUUACAUGGUCAUAACCAAUAUGAGGAAAAAUGGAACCAUGAAAUAUGUACACCUGGGAUAAGCAAAAAAUGUGUGUGUCCAAAUGGGGGAAUUUCAUCUCUCCCUGAAUUGGUCAAACUGGAUGAGGAAAAGGGUUCCUUAGUAUGUAGUAUCAGAGGAGAUUAUCAUAAGGAAAGUGAGAACAAAUGUGAAGCAUUCUCCAGGAGAGGUGCAACAAUUUUAAAAAAAAAAAAAAGUAUAAAGAAAGGGGAUGCAAAAAAAUUCGUUGACCAUCAUCUGCUGUUAAUUAACUACAGAAAUUGCAAUAAGGUAACAUACACCACCUUUUUGGAUCAAUUAGCCAUUGCUAUAUUUAAACAUUUCUCACUUGUAGAAAAUUCAAACAUAUUUCGUGAGAUUUCUACAAACUCGAAUGUUAAAGGAGAUCAGCACACCAAUCAUAAUCAUGAUGGUGAAGAAAAAAUUGCCCCUCCUUUGGAAACGUCAAAUAGGAGAAGUAGUAAACCCAGAGGAGAGAAAAAUGUAAAUCAAAUUUCUCCAUUGCAUAAAAAGAGUAGUGGAAGUACUCCACAGAAUGAUAGAACAAACAAAACAUUUCAAUCGAAAAUGGGUUCCCUCUCAGUAGACAAGAAUGGUAAUAAGCAUUGUGCGAAAACAGCAAGGAAGUUAAAAACUAAUAUUUUUUUAAAAGUGCGAAAAAAAAAUUAUAAAAUUUGUUCCUCCCAUUCGUCUUUUUUGUCGAGCCAAACUGGUCAAAUUGGUCAAACUGGUAUAACUGACCAAAUUGACCAAACUGGUCAAAGCGAGAAUAAAGCAAAUUCCUUUUUCUCUUUAAGUGAGGCACAAGGUGUGCAACAAAUUCCCCAUUUGCUAGCGGAACAAAAUUGUCGAAUUUAUAUUUACACCAACAAAAUAGAAAAGGAAAAAGAAAUUUUUUUAACCUUUCAUAGUAGGACUAAGUGCUUUUUUGUUUUUAUAUCUCCUUUUUUGGCAUACAUAAAUGCGAGAAACAGCGAAAUUAUAUGUCUUCACCAUAUGGGGUGUGGUAAAAAUUCGUAUAAUACCUUCAAAGAGCAGACUAUGGAAAACACUUGGAUGAAAGCAAUGUACCAUGAGAUAACUCACUUUUUAGAGAAACUGUCUCAUUCAAUUCAUGCCAUUUAUGAAAAAAACAAAAAGUGUAUCAAAAAGCUUCAAAAAUAUCUCACCAAUAGAACAUUAAAGGGAAACAUCAAUUAUCUCAGUAUGAACAAACAUGUACAAACUGAGGAAGCUAGAGGGAGAAAAAAAAAAAUAUAUAUAUACACCUACACAUUUCACACCAUAGAGGAUAAUUUUUUUAUGGAAAGGGGAAAAGACUAUCCAGAAGGGUGUUUAAAAGGACCUUCAAAAGACCACAUACUGACGAAAUCGAAAUUGUUUCAAAAAGUUAAAAAAAUUUUAACAGAAUGUAAGAGUUUUAAUCAAAAUGUGAGAUUCAAUUUUGUGGAGAAAAAAUUGGAAAAAGUAUGCUUAAAUAUGACAGAUUUGUUAACAUGGUAUACGCAAUUUCGAUUGACCACACGUUGGAACAAAAGAAAUGGAUAUAUUUGUGUAUACUUCUUCAAAAUGGAUAUAUCAUUAGAUAAUAGCAAAAAAGAUGAAUGUAAAAAUGAUAGUUUAGUUAAUCAUCAAACUGGCCAUUAUUAUGAGUCUACAAAUCUGCACAAUACCAACAAGAACGUAAUGUUAAAUAUCUCCAAUCAGAAUAAGAUGCAAUUAAUUUGUACCUUUCAUGUUGCAUCCCCUAGGAAUAAAAUGUUUAAAAUAACAAGAAAAUUGUGUGUAUUUUUAUUCACCCUUUCACAUAAAUAUGAAAAGUUUCCAAAUUUAGAUCUCCUAUACAUGUUAAGACAUGUUCACCAUGCUGUUAGAAAAUUUCCAUAUCUUUACAUUUGGUACGCAGAGGGUGUAGUACCCAAACGAUUCUUCUCGAAUUAUGUGUCAGACAUGUGUCACGAUCAUAGGUUGAGGCCACAUGCUAGAUCAUAUUUCUCUAUGUAUUAUCAGAAUUUAUUUUCCCUUCCAAGUGCCUCUAGGUCGGUUAUGUUGAAGUUCUUAAAAAGAAAAAGGAAAAAAAUGCUCAGGAAAUUUUUAUUUAAGGGGAAAGAAUUUUCUUUCCUUCAAAAAAUGCACAAGAUACUGUUAUAUUUUUACCUUUACAUUCUAAGAAAAUUGUUCAAAAAGUUGUUCAACUGCAAGUGUGCCAUUGGUUGUGUUAGACGAGGAAAAGGAAUAAAUAAUAAGGAUAAAAAAGAGGUGCAUAAAAAAGGCAUAUUCAGAGAAGGAUUGUUACGAAACCAAUUCGACGAAUUUAUUAAAAGAAUUAAGAUGGAAAAAAAAAAAAAAAAAAUUUAUUCCCAUUUUCGAAAUUGCGUGAGCACUUUCCUCAGUCCCCAUGAAAAGGAUUCUUGUUCUGGUGAAGAAGUAAGUGGAAAGUUGGAUACUGUCAAAGAAGAGGAUAGCAACGGAAAGCAGAAUAAAAAUUUUUUUGUUUUGAAACCUGUUUUUAUGGAUAGGAAUUACUGGUUGAGUGAAAGAAUAACAUCUAAAUGGGAGAGAACCCAAAGCAAAGCCAAAUAUGAGAAGGUCAGUGAUUCUUAUGCUUACCUCUAUAACAGCAACAAUCAUAGCAACAAUUGUGCAAGGACACAUAACGACUCUUCUAUGAAGGAAAGGGAUGUAUACACAUUUACAGCAGAGAAGACGUAUGCCAGUUUGUUCAGUAUGAAAAAUAUGAAAAAAUUGGUUCAUAAAGUGGGACCACUAUUAAUCGACAAACUGGAGGAAAAAUUUUACGAGAGUGGAAACUUCCUUUUAAAUGUAAAUACGCAUAAAAAGGAAUUGCAUGGAAUAGUAAUCCAAUUUGAGGAGGAGAUAAAAGACAUUGUAUAUUCUAUGCGAGAAGCAUCGAUGACAUCAGAAAUAAUAACACACUGCUCUGAACCAGAUGGUACAAAUUUACAAAAAAUAGAUGAUAACUCAUCACCAAGUCUUAGUGAUGAAAAUGCUAAUAAAUUGCUAUAUCAUAUAUGCAAAAAAAAAAAAAACGUUUAUAAAAACUUAUCCAUUUUUAACAUUCCCAUUGAAUGUGUGAAGAAGGAAAAAUUACAUCACAUUAGGUGGGAAAAAAUGAAUAUUAAAAUAGUGAGAGAUUUCUUUAGAUAUGAGAAAUGUUCAUUUGAGGGAUUAUUUCAAAAGGGCAAAAGAGGUGGUAGUAUUAGUAACAUCAAUAGUGCACACACAAUUAGGUUGAACUAUUUGGUCUUUUUUGUAAAUGGACACACAACUUUCUGUGUGAAUAUUUUUUCGAAUACGUAUAAAAAAUGGAAUAACUCAAGAGAUGCGAUUUCACGAGGAAAGGUUUAUUUUUUGAAUGUAUAUAAAAACGAUUUAAUGAAAAAUAUGUUUAUAGAAAGAUUUCUUAAUUUUUUGGAGGAUCUUUUUUCAUAUGUAGAGGAAAUUAUUCCCGUUAUAAAAAAAAAAAAAUGUAAGGUUGAUGGGAAAAAUAACAGCACUCUUUUGUUUAAUGUGUGCAAAAUAUUUUGCUAUGAAUUAAAGCAAAGAAAAUAUGAGUUAAGGAAAAUUUACAAUCUGCAAAAGGAGGCGCAAUUUUAUUUAUUCCUUUUCACCUUGCCAAGUCAGGCAAUUCUUUUUUCUUAUUCCAUCGAUAAGUAUGAAAAGGGGGAGAAACAAAAUGGCCGUUUAUGUAACCCGUUUUUUGUCAAAAUUUUGGCGCAGAAUAAACAUUACGAUGUUUUUAUAGAAAGAGUAAAUUGCAACACACGAGGAGGAGGAGCAGGGGAAAACGUGUAA